AAGUAGAGAUUGGUAUUUGAUUUCAGUGUUUAGAUUGAAAUUGGAGUUGUUUUCUUUGAAUUUUCUUUGAAUUUUCUCUUUUUUUGUAGAUUUUUGUUGUUCUUUGGAGUGUUGGGUUGGUGUUGGUGUUGGUGUUGCUGCUGCUGCUGCUGCUUCUUCUGGAUGGAUUCUUUGUAGGACACCCAGUAUUGAGGUUAAAGGAAUUUGGAAUUGUGUGGGUGCUUUGAGAUUUGAUGUUUUGAGCAACCGACCUUAUGAUCUUGAGAACUUGAACCUUUGAGUGUGAGAUAAAAGAAUGAAUUUUUGAACACUAUACACAGCUUGGCAGUGAUAAAACUAAUAACAAUUGGUCUCUGAGGAUGUGGCUGUCAGUUCAGUGUUUGUGAGUGCCUCUGCUCUUCUUAAUUUUUUACUAGUAUUGAGGGACUGUUUAUCACCGGAGUCUGUGGGCUCUGUUGCUAGUUUAGGAAACAACAAAGCCUUUGCCUCAGACCGCAUCUUUGGGUGCUUUUGCCAUUCUCACUAGUGGCAAGAGGACUGCAAUGCUGCAUUUUUAGAUCUUGGAGCACAUUUACAAGUGAAAUACUUUUGUUAGGAAUUCAUUCUAGUGCUAGAGAUCCCAACUUAGUGUUCUUUAUUUCGGUCAAUGUUUUGUUUUGCCGGGAUUGUGGGUAUCUGUUGUGGAGUUCUUUUGAUGGAUUGAUGAAGUGAAGGAGGAGUUUGAGCUUUUGAAGUGGAGAAGCAGAGUUGCAUUCUUGUUCGCCGCUACGAUGAAGUAUAUGAAACUGGGAUCGAAGCCUGAUGCUUUUCAAACAGAUGGGAGCAAUGUCAGGUUUGUGGCUGCUGAAUUGGCGGCUGACUUAAUUGUCAAUGUUGGUGAUGUGAAGUUCUAUCUACACAAGUUUCCCCUCUUGUCGAAAAGUCCUCUCUUGAAGAGGCUAGUGGCAAAUACAAAUGAUGACGAUGACGAUGAUGAGAUUUACAUUCCAGAUAUCCCGGGUGGUCCUGCCGCCUUUGAGAUAUGUGCUAAAUUUUGUUAUGGCAUGAUAGUCACUCUCAAUGCAUACAAUGUGGUUGCGGCGCGAUGUGCAGCUGAAUAUCUUGAGAUGCAUGAAACAAUUGAGAAAGGCAAUCUCAUUUACAAAAUUGAAGUCUUUCUGAAUUCGAGCAUAUUCCGAAGCUGGAAGGACUCCAUUAUAGUUCUCCAGACAACAAAGUCUCUGUUACCUUGGUCUGAGGACUUGAAGGUGAUUAAACAUUGUGUUGAUUCUAUAGCCUCCAAGGCCUCCAUUAAUCCAUCGGAGGUUGAGUGGUCAUACACGUAUAACAGGAAGAGACUUACUUCAGAAAAUGGUAUUGAAUCACAAUGGAAUGGAGUUCGAAAGCAGCAAUCGGUGCCGAAGGACUGGUGGGUCGAAGACCUGUGUGAGCUGGAGAUGGAUUUGUACAAGCAGGUCAUUAUGGCAAUUAAAAUGAAAGGGAGAAUGACUAGUGAAGUGAUAGGAGAAGCUCUGAAAGCCUAUACGUAUAGAAGACUUUCGGGCUUUGCCAGAGGUGCUGUGAAUUUAAGUGGUGAUGUAGUUAAAAACCGGACAUUGCUUGAGACUGUCAUCCGGCUAUUGCCUCCUGAUUUCGGUUCGGUUUCAUGCAGCUUUCUGCUCAAGCUGCUUAAGGCUGCAUGCUUGCUGGAUUGCGGUGAAGUGAGUAAAAGGGGAUUGAUCAAGAGAAUAGGCCAACAGUUAGAAGAAGCUUCGGUACCUGAUCUUUUGAUUCCAUCUCCAGAUGAAGACACUCUAUAUCAUGUUGACAUAGUGAUGAACAUUGUCGAGGAGUUCUUCAUGCAGGAAAACAGCAGCACUCAUUCUAGUCCUCAUGUCUCCGAAGAAGUUCAGGACAUUCGGAGCCCUGGCUUUGUGUCCACCUCUGCAAAAGUGGCUGUGACUCGAUUAGUCGAUGGGUAUCUUACUGAAAUUGCAAAGGAUCCAAAUCUACCACUUUCGAAGUUUCUUGAUGUUGCUGAAAUGGCUUCUGGUUCCUCCAGGCCUGUGCACGACGCCCUUUAUUGCGCCAUUGACAUGUAUCUCAAGGAGCACCUGGACAUGACAAAGAGCGAGAAGAAAAAGAUAUGUAGUUUAAUGGACUGCAAAAAACUCUCAGCUGAUGCUUGCAUGCACGCGGUUCAGAAUGAACGGCUUCCUCUGAGAGUUGUCGUUCAGGUACUCUUCUUUGAACAGAUGAGAGCAUCGAUGACUGGUGGUGGAACUGAAGUCUCAGGAGGUAUCCGAUCACUUCUUCCGCGCGAAAAUGGUGGGUCAUAUGGAAGCUCCAGAUCAGCAGCAACAACCAACACUGAUGACCACUGGGACGCAAUUAAUACAAUUAAGUCAAUGAGAUUGGCUAACAACGGCGCAGGAAGUGAGAAGAGCAGUGGCAGUAGUGAUAUGCAUAAGAACGGUGGUGCCGAUAAGACCAAUGGCAAGGCGAAAGGAAGCACAAUGCCGAAAAAGAUACUAAGCAAGCUGUUUUCAAGCAAAGCGCAAAGCGGGGAGAACAGCAGCAGUUCUGAUACAUCUGAAAGUCCAGGUUCUGUCAACCCGGAAGUUCCCCGUUCCACGCCAUCACGAAAUGUUCGACAUUCGGUAUCAUAGAUGAAGCUCAGCAGCAGGAGAUGUAUGUUCUUCUUUUUUUUUUUUUCGUAUUCUUUUGUCAGGAUGAUAACCCAAUUUUUGCAUGUAUGAUAAAAGUUGUACUAUUACUUCUUUGCAUGAAGUUGGAUUUCAAACUUUGUAAACUUUUGGAAUAUAUAUAAAUAUUUGUCUUGAUA